CAAACAAUCGGCAGCCAAGAAGAAAGGCAAGAUGGCGGCCACCGAGCCACCUCAGCUCUCCCAACUGUCCCAAUGACCUAACGUUUACUCAGCCCUACAUUCAUGAAGUGUCCAAAUUACUCCAUGAUUAUGUACUGAACAUUGUGAAUGUUGUUAAUGAUGAGAAUUGUGGAUAUAUGAGUGUUGCUUCCUUGUUGAGUAUGGGAGGAAAAAAAGUGGUCAGACGCCCUAACGUAUGGCAAGCCAUGAUAAAUGAGCUUACAUCAUGUAAUGCAACUUAUCUUAAAUUGUAUGACAUCAACAAACUGUACCAACAGGUACUACAAGCCCUGCAUCUUGCUUCAAAGGAGAUUGCAACAGAGGAGAAGUGGUUAACCAUUCCGAAUAUGGGCCACAUUGUUGCUAUAGUGUAUCGGGUUGUGUUGGUGACAUUAUCAAUUAAGGGGUGCUCUACCUUCUUGCCUCUUACCGGUCUAGUGCCACAUCAGUCGGACCACAAAUUUUUAUGUAUACUACACGUCAACAACAACCACUGGGUGCAGGUGCACAUGUCAAGUGGAUUUCCUAUGCCAAAUUCAAAUCCGCAAUGGCGUCAUCAUUGUAUUCAUAACGCUCUUAGUUGGGAGCUACCAUACUUGGACCGCAUGUCUAGAUUCCUGGAAAUUCUUAUGGAGCAAAACACACCAAGGAGCGAGGAAUUCUAGAUCUUACGGAUAACUAGCUUGUUGAUUAUGCUAAUGUUGUAAUAAUGUAAUUUAACCUUGUAAUACUAUACUAUUGUAAUUAUGUGAUUGUGAUUUUAAGCUAUUUCUAUCAUAUGUUGUAUGAUUGUCUAUGAUUUGUUGUGUGGUUAUCAUUUUGUAACGUUUUUGUUUUUUUGGUUGUGGUAUGUUCUGCAUCGGAUAACACUUUGAAAGUGCGUUGGUCAUGCAGCUUCAAAGUGCAUGGCUAUCGCAGUUUAAAAUUGCGUUAGUCACGCAGUUUCAAAGUGCGAGCAAAACACGAACAAGAGUUUUUUUGGGAUGUACGAGUUAUCAUUGAUACGAAUAGAUGUGGGAGGUCUAAAUAACAAUUCCUUUGUGUAAUAAUACAAUACAGAUCAUAAUACAAUUUGACGCAUAUGUUUCAAUGGUUCUUUUUUUUCUUUUUCUUUGAGGGGAUCAAUUGUUCUUUUUUUUUUUUAAGGGAAAU